UCUCAUACAAACAACACUGAAGCCCGUGAACCCUCUCUCUCUCUCACAUACACACACAGUGGUAAACAUACAUUUUCUCUCUCACACACACACACAGUGGCAGACAUACAUACAUUUCUCUCCUUCUCUCUUUCAGACACAUACAGUGGCAAACAUACAUUUUCUCUCUUUCAGACACAUACAGUGGCAAACAUACAUUUUCUCUCUUUCUCUCUCUCACACACACAGAGUCACACACACAUUCUCUUUCUCUCUUUCAACACACACAGUGGCACACAUACAUUUUCUCUCUCUCACACACACACAUAGUGGUACACAUACAUUUUCUCUGGUACUCACACACACAUUCUCUCUUUCUCUCACACACAUUGUCUCUGGUUUAGGGCCAGAGAUUUGUGGUCACUGUAACUACGAAUCUUUCCCAAAUAAAAAGUACAAAUACAAGUGUUGUUUCACUCAAAUCAAUGCUUAUACGUGCAAUACAGUGAUGAAUUGAAUUGAACUUCCGGUGGAGUACAGUGAGUUGACAGCAGUGUACACCGUUAAUUCAGCUGAUCAGGAUCUUAAUCGAAAAUCAGUAGUUGGUAGAUCUGUUGCAAGUUGUGCUCUCUGGUGGUCUAAUAGAAAGCUGACUAUAUGUGGUGCUGUUGAGAGCUCAUUGCAGGCAGAUCAUCCGUUUCUAGUGCAUUUUUUUAAUGACGGUAGAGUCUGGGUCAGUUGAGUAAUCCACUGGAUUGCCUGCUGCAGCGGACAAGCAUAGGAUAGUUUUAGAGAUCAACUGUCCAAGAAAAGUAAAAGAUCAAGCUAGCGAAAUUUGACUAGCUUAAUUUAGAGUUUUUUAUGGUCAUUCUCUUGAUAUGAGCAUGUGCUUGUAGUUGAGUUUGUAUAGGGUGUUGAAGGAAUAAUCUGUGAUUUAGAAUGGAAUUUGGGGAAAUUGCAAAUGCUGCCCAGCUUGCUGGCCUUGAUGCAGUGAAGCUAAUUGGGAUGAUUGUACAAGCUGCAAGCACAGCUCGGAUGCACAAGAAGAAUUGCAGGCAGUUCGCCCAGCAUCUUAAGUUAAUUGGUAAUUUAUUGGAGCAGCUUAGAAUUACAGAACUCAAGAAUUAUCCAGAAACCCGUGAGCCACUGGAAUAUCUUGAAGAUGCAUUAAGGAGGUCUUACAUUUUGGUCAACAGCUGCCAGGAUCGGAGCUAUCUUUACCUGUUGGCUAUGGGAUGGAACAUUGUCUACCAAUUCCGGAAGGCUCAGAACGAGAUCGACCAAUAUUUGAAGAUCAUUCCUCUUAUCACUCUUGUGGAUAAUGCUCGAGUCAGGGAGAGAUUUGAAAUAAUUGAGAAGGAUCAGCGUGAAUAUACUUUGGAGGCUGAAGACAUGAAAAUGCAAGAAGUCAUUUUGAAACGAGAUCCCUCUAAACAUGAUACAGUAGUAUUAAAGAAGAACCUCUCCCGUUCCUACCCAAGCAUGCCUAUCUCUGAGGCAAUUCAGAAAGAGAACGAAAAGCUUCAGCUAGAACUGCAACGUUCACAAGCUAAUUUAGAUGUCAGUCAGUGUGAAAUCAUUCAGCAUCUUCUCGAUGUCACAGAGGUAGUUGCAGCUGAGUCCAUUUCCGAGAAGAGUUCACCCACCAAGGCUACCAAAAAGUUGGAGCAUAGUCACUCAGAUGCCAAUAGUGACAAGGAACACUAUGAUAGAAGUUAUGCUAAGUGUGACGAGAUACAUUCAACUUCAAGAAACACUUCUUCAGUUUCAUCACAACGUGAACUGCUGUCUUCAAAGGGUUCACGUCGAUAUGAAGAGUGGCAUACAGAUCUGUUGGGCUGCUGUUCAGAACCUCUCCUAUGCAUUAAAACCUUUUUCUUUCCUUGUGGUACAUUUUCUAAAGUUGCCAGUUUUGCAGCCAACAGACACAUAUCUUCCAUGGAUGCUUGUAAUGAAUUAAUGGCAUACUCCUUGAUACUAUCCUGCUGUUGUUACACUUGCUGCAUCAGAAAGAAACUUCGGAAGAAGCUAAACAUCACGGGAGGUGUGAUAGAUGAUUUUCUUUCACAUUUGAUGUGCUGUUGCUGUGCUCUUGUCCAAGAAUUUCGUGAAGUAGAAAUCCGUGGUGGUAAUGGUACAGAGAAGACGAAAACGAGCCCCCCACCCUCUCAAUUUAUGGAAACGUAGGAAAUUUGUGGUCCGGCCCUUCCCAAACCUCGUGCAUAACAGAAGCUAUAGUACAUCGGGCUGCCUGAUAUAGGAAAUUGAAAUUGGCUAAACAUAUUAGAGCAUAACUUGCAGUGCUUUAUAGAUGGAAUGUAGAUUCUCUCUGGAUUUAGAACCAUUUUGUAAAGUAAUUCUUAGUAUUCCAGAUUUAUUGUGUACAAAGCUAAUCUAUAAUUGUCAAUGUUUCCGUUGUUAAUUCAUUUGCUUUUAGGCAAAUUUUAUUUA